AUGCCCCCCUCCAGGGAUGGGCAUGAUUCCUAUAUGGCAGAAGUCACCACAGUGACUGUGGCCAACGUUGGUGCCUCUGCAGACAAUGUUUUCACUACUUCUGUGGCAAAUGCAGCUUCAAUCUCAGGACAUGUGCUGUCUGGGAGAACGGCCCUCCAGAUCGGGGACAGCUUGAAUCCUGAAAAGGCCACUCUCAUCGUGGUUCACACCGACGGCAGCAUUGUAGAAACCACGGGGCUGAAGGGGCCCUCAGCACCUCUCACACCAGGGCCGCAGUCUCCUCCUACUCCUUUAACAACCGUCCAAGAGAAAACUGGAACCAAGUAUAACUGGGACCCCUCGGUGUAUGAGAACGAGCUCCCAGUGAGGUGUCGGAACAUCAGUGGGAUUCUGUACAAAAACAGGCUUGGAUCAGGAGGCCGUGGCAGGUGCAUUAAGCAAGGGGACAACUGGUACAGCCCCACAGAAUUUGAAGCUAUGGCAGGAAGAGCCAGCAGCAAGGACUGGAAGAGGAGCAUCCGCUACGCUGGGCGGCCCCUGCAGUGCCUUAUCCAUGAUGGGAUUUUAAACCCUCACGCUGCCUCUUGCACUUGUGCCGCUUGCUGUGAUGACAUGACUCUGAGUGGCCCGAUACGACUCUUUGUACCCUACAAGAGGCGGAAAAAAGAGAAUGAAAUGCCUGCAACUCCAGGGAAGAAGGAUUGUUCCAAAAACAUCACUCUGCUCCCUGCCACAGCUGCCACCACAUUCACUGUGACCCCCUCUGGGCAGAUCACCACCUCUGGGGCCCUGACCUUCGACCGCACCUCCACUGUGGAAGCCACAGCCAUUAUCUCAGAAAGCCCAUCCCAGGGGGAUGUUUUCACUGGAGCCACAGUUCAAGACACCAACGUGCAGCAGCCCUGCCGGGUCAGUCACCCAGAGCCUCACUACCCCAGCUACCAGGACAACUGCCAGAUUUCACCCUUCCCCGAGGCUGCGCUGCCCACGGCCCAUCCCAAGAUCGUGUUGACCUCCCUGCCUGCCCUGGCAGUGCCCCCCACCACCCCCACCAAGGCCAUGUCCCCCUCGGUGGUGAAUGGGCUGGAGGUGACGGAGCAGCGGAGCUGGUUGUACCUGGAGGAGAUGGUCAAUUCCUUGCUCAGCACAGCCCAGCAGCUGAAGAGCCUGAUCGAGCAGGCCAAGCAGGCCAGCUCCUCCUUCCGAGAGGCUGCAGUCACACAGGCCAAAAUUCAGGCUGAUGUGGAGAGGAAAGAGCAGUCCUGUGCCAACUGCGGCCGCGAGGCAAUGAACGAGUGCACCGGGUGCCACAAAGUCAACUACUGCUCCACGUUCUGCCAGCGGAAGGACUGGAAGGACCACCAGCACGUCUGUGGCCAGUCGCCCACGGUGACGGUGCAGGCUGACGAGGUGCACGUCGCGGACAGUGUCAUGGAGAAGGUCCCAGUCUGA